GACAUUACUUUAUUAGUCCCACAACAGGGAUGUUUGCAUUAUUACAGCAGCAAAGGGGAGAGCAAAAGUAGAAACAAGUAAGAAAUAUAAAUAGAGAAACAACAUUUAAAAAAAGUAAACAAAACUGUGCACACUGAGAUAUAUGGCUAUAUUGCAUGAUGUUGGGGGGCUGCCUGUCCUUGACCUCAGUAUAAACAUCCUGUCUACGACUCUGAUGUUAACCACAGGCUUUUUCCGUGUGUUGAGCUGAGGCUCCGCCCUCCGGGGGGCAGCCCGUGACAGCAAAACGAACGUACACGGAUACAGCUCUGGGAGUGGCCAGACGACCGGAUUGGACAACAGGACGUGAGUUGAGCUGUUUUGGGGUGAGGCGGUGCGUUCCGGGGUGCACAACUUUCUGCGUGUGUGCGCAGUUUCGCAGCGUUUCAUCCCAUGUGGAUAAACCGGAACCUAGAGUUUACGUGACGCGGGUCUCUGCAGAGGCACCGUAGAAAUCUGCGUUUAUACCCGAGCAGGCCGCUGCACGGCGGAGUUGUCACGCAGUCGCCGUCUCAUGUGCGGUUUACUCGUUGAUGCGGGGAGAGAAAGUUGUGGACAUGUUUUCCUGAAGCGCACGGCUCCGCGGAUACACACCGGGCAGCGUUGUUGAACUUCAGCGCUAACGAGCCUUGUUUUCUUCUCUUCCUCCAGCCUCUCCGGACUUUGGAUUAUGUUUUCUCGGGACUGUAAACUCGUCCGUUCGCCAUAUUGCGCGCUGUGAAACUCGAGGGAAAGUUGUCAGAGUUAUGACAUUUGCUGCGCACAGUCCCUUCAUGGAGCUGCAUGCAGUCGACUUUGAUCGAAACCAAAGUGACUCCAUGGGGCUGGCCAUGGAGAGCUCCGUGCACCAUUGAUAAGGUCCGGCACCAUAAAGUGGACGAGAAGAAUGGACUGCAAGCCUCAGAUUUGAUUCUGGAAGGAGGGUUGCAUGCUCCCCACCCUGCACUUUUCCUCUGGGAUUUAUAUUUCCUCCCAAAUACCUCUGUAUACAGAUUUAAACAAAGAAUUACUCAGCCUCAGGCAGUGAAAGCACACUACAGGGGCAAUAACUGAGCGGUUCACACGCUCGGAGAUCAACAUUGAGAGCUCUGACUCCAAUAUUUUCCUGUUUCUAAUAUUACUAUGAGUCUUCCUCCUCAAGUUAAUACUGACAAGAGCGGCAAGCUUCGGGCUGCAGCCAUGAAAGAGCCUGUGCAGCAGGAGGUUUAUUAUGGCAUUGGACCUCCGGCUUCAGACUCGAGCCACAGCGACUCUGCUAACAUCUCCGGUGUUUACAACCCAGAGAAGGGGCCCCAAAGUCUACCGCACUAUCCACAGGCCACUCCUGUAAAGUGGAUGCACCAGGACUCCAUACAGGCCCCCGGCUGGUCUCAGGAGGCCCCCGUGCCGGCCUGGGGGCAGAACUUCGGCCCCUAUAUGAGCGGCGUGAACGUCCGGGGUCAGAUGGCGUUCCACAAAGGGGUCCAUGAGGGCGUAGCUCUGCCGAUGGGGGGUGAGAAUCAGCUGCCAGGAGCGCCCGUCGAGGCGUACAGAGAUGCCACCCAGGCUCAAGUUCAGGGGAGGGGGCUUGAGUGGGAGCAGCAUGCCGUGGCUGCGAUGCACCAGGCUCAGCUGCAGGCCUAUCAGCAUGCCCACAAAGGUGUGGAGCACCAAGGUCAGCCCCACGGGCCUCCUCACACUCUGCAGGCGCCCAUGUUGCAACCCUUCCAGGCAACAUUUCGGCCCAGCAAGCAGCAGUUUUCAUCCGGAUAUUACUCAGUUUUUCCGGGCAACAAGGGAGUGGCGAGCCUGCCAUACGGCGAGCCGCCUAAAACUCAACAGCAGCUGCUCCACCAGAUGCAGCAGCAACAAAUGCAUCACCAUCACCAACAGCAACAACAACAGCAGCAGCAGCAACAGCAGCUGCACCAGCAGCAUCAACUUCAGUUGCAGCAGCAGCAGCAGCAACAGCAGCAUUUACAGCAACAACAACAACAGCAGCAGCAACAAAUCCAACAUCAUCAAAUGCAACAGCAGCAAAUGCAGCAAAUGCAGCAACAGUAUCACCAGCAGCAGCUACAGGAGCGUCAACAGCAAAUGCAACAACUGCAACAACAGCAGCAGCAACUGCAGCAACAAAACGUGCCACAGCAAGAAACAACGCAACUACAGGUGCAACCAAAACAGCAACAAACGCAAAACUUUGUGGCUUAUCAGUCCCCUGAGCCUCGUCCGCCAGACACUGUGCCUAAAAAGGAAGGCUUCCAGUCAGUGGAGCCGCAGCAGGAACCAGGCGCUCAAACUGAUGUGCCAGCCAUCCCCAAUCCAGAGCCUGAAAAGGUUGCCACAAAUCCCGCAGAGCCUUCUGAUUCACCGUCAGACACGUCAGCGGCCGCACCUCGCCGCUCGCGUCGCCUUUCCAGAGACGGCCAGUCCCCGCUGGGCCCUCCUUCAACUAACGUGUGGACUCAAGCACCCAAAGAGCCUCCACCGUCCCAGAACGGAGUGGCAGGCGUCCGGGUGGUGAAAGGAGGGGAAAGCCAAGCGGCAACAGGAGGGGUCAUCCAGAUCACCAGUAGGCGAAGGCGGGCGUCGAAGGAGAUCAACCUGGAGACUCUGGCCCAGCAGGCGUCAAAAAUGGAGCCCGCUAAAAUGGAAGACGGUCCUUCAGGCAAACAGGCCACCAUGGUGCCUCUGGUUAUCCCUGUAUCUGUCCCGGUUCACCGGAAUCAAACAGAGCCUCAGGAUGGCUGGGCUCAUGGACGACUCAGCCUGGCCGAGCGACCUGCUGGACAGCCCGAUCGCAAACCUUCUGUCAUAGUGGCUCGUCGGCGGUCGCUCCGGAACUCCAUGAUGGAGAGUUUUGGCCAGGAUGGGGAAAGCGAUCCAGGAUUAGACGAAGACGGAAAAUCCAAAUUCAAGCGCCGACCUCGCCCCGAGCCUCUCAUCAUCCCGCCGCACAAACCAUCCACCUUCAUCCCUCCAUCCCUCUACUCCAGCAUCUCUUCCUACCAGAGCAACCUGCGCUCUCCAGUGCGCCUGCCGGACCACCCCGCCUCCCUGCCCCCGUACACGCCUCCACCCAUCCUGUCUCCUGUGCGGGAGGGCUCGGGACUCUACUUCUCCACCAUCCUCACCAACAUUGCCGGCAACCAAAUCCUGCCACCGCCACCACUGCCGCCGCCUACGCCCAAAUCAGCGACGCGUAGCCUGUUGCGGUCCACGAGUUCAGAUAUCACUCCUCCUGUCCUGCCCUUGAUCGCAGAUGCCACACCUGUUAGCCUCGAACCGCGUAUCAAUAUCGGGCUGAAGUACCAGGCAGAAAUUCCAGAGUUACAAGAACAACUUUCCUCCCAGGUUGACCAGCACAAGGCUGACUUGGUUUGGCUCCCUGUGGAUGACUCCAAUCUUAAACAUCAAGAGAGGAUGGAGGAUUUGAUGCACAUGGCUUGUUCCAGUGUGUUCAGAGGUGGAGGGACCAACCAAGAGCUGGUUUUACACUGUUUACAUGAAUGUGGAGGUGAUUUCCUUGAAAUGCUGGGACGUUUGAUGCUUCAGGACCCGAUUUUCCCCAGAGGCCAUCAAUUGGCAAAUUAUCACUACUCAGGCUCCGACUGCUGGACCCCAGAAGAGAAGCGCUACUUCAACAAGGGGAUCUCUGCCUACAGGAAGGACUUCUUCAUGGUGCAGAAACUGUUUACUCAAGGUAACGGUGCAUUUGAUAAAGUCACCGCAGCUACUUCUAGGAUUGGGAAGGCGGCGAACGAGACAACACUUCAGGUGCGGAGUAAGACUGUGGCUCAGUGUGUAGAGUUUUACUACACAUACAAGAAACAGGUUAAGGUUGGUCGCAACGGGAUUUUAACCUUCGGCCCCCCAGAUUCUCCAGAGGAGAAGCACCAGGAGGCCGUGGUGGACAUUAAGAGUUCACAGCAGUCGAAGUUGGCGGACGGAGAUGACCAAAAGGAGGUUUCCUCUUACGAGCAGAGUCAUGAAAGCAGCCAGCAGGCGAGGGUUGCUCAGUCACUACAGGCUCAUGACUAUGCAGGAACAAUGGUCAUGAUGAAAGAGCCAGUCACUGUGAAUAAGGUUCAUCACCCGGCACCGGCUCACAGGCCUCGGGCCGAGCCUGCAGCAAAGAAGAGCAAAGCGCCGGUGAAGCCCCCGCAGGACCCCGAUGCAAUAUUUCCAUGCAAGAAAUGUGGCAGGGUGUUUUAUAAAGUCAAGAGUCGAAGUGCUCACAUGAAGAGUCACGCGGAGCAGGAGAAGAAGGCUGCAGCGCUGCGCCAGAAAGAGGAGGAGGAGAAGGCAGCGGCCGAGGCCCGGGCCAGGAAGGCGGCGGCGGUGGCGGCAGCGGUCCAUCAGAGAGGAAACGGCAACGGAGUGACAGAGCAGGCAGAGGGCAGCAGCCAUGAAGACUCAUCUGAGGUGGAGGAUGAUGACGAUGAAGACUGGCACUGAGAGACAAAAAUCAAUCAAAUCAAAUCAGUGAGUGGGAUCGAGGGAGAGAUGUUAUAAAAAGGAAAAAAAAUGUAGGUCCUCCUGUUUACCUUCACACUCCUUCACCUGGCUGAGUCUGGCUCUGUUCUCACAAGCCAGGCAGUCACACUCCAGUCUCACACAUUUGUAUCUUUUAAAUAUUCAGAGGAAGUUUAUUUUUUUGUAAAUGCACUUAUUCUGUACGCUUCAGCUUUUUUGCCAAUAUUGCCUUUUUAUGUCCUUUAUUUAAUUGAAUAUACAUCAAAAUAUUACACCUUACCAUCACGUGGACUCAAUGGUUACAUGAUAUCUCAUAAGAUAAUCAGGAUGUCUGUUUUGCAAUAACGAUCAAAGCAAUUUUUUCACUUUAUAUACGCAGCCCUUUUAAAUGAAUAUAGACUAAGAGCUUGUAUUUAAAAUCUCUCUCUUAGGAAAAUACUGUGCUGAAUUUUGCAGAUUUCCACCGGAGUUUUAGGUUGGUAUACACUUAUUUUUUACAACUAAGGGACCUUUUUGAAAUGGAUAUGUACAAAAAAAAAAGUAUAUAUGAGAUUGCCAUAUAUUUAUGAUACUGCAUUUUGCAUUGAUUUUGAUAAUAUAAAAACUAAUCAUGUCAGCUGCAAUAUGACUUGUGAAUUGAAAAGUUUAUUAAAAAUCUCUACUGUUC